AUGAUCCAAUCAUAGAAACCAAAAAAUUAAUCAAUUGUGAUAUCCCAAGUUAAAGUAGAGGAUUUUCAAAAUCAAGAGCUGCCAGUAUAAUAGUAAGGCCAAUAAUAUGAAAGCUUGACUAAAGAUGAAGAUCUAGAAAUAGGGGAGAUACCUUCCGAAAACACUGUUAAGGAUGAUACAUAUAUCGGAUCAGUUCUCAAUGUAAAUUUUAGAGUAAAUGUCUAAGAUAAAAAAGUAAAUUUCCUAAGUCCAGAAUAGCAGAAACCUAUAAAAACUUCUUACAAUGAUUUGUUCAUGAAGACAUAGUAUUUAGAUUAAAAUCAUAACUACUCUCAAUACAACACUACAAAUCAAAAGUCAUAGCAAACUUCUUACAACAUGAUUAACAUGAGUGAUAUAUCGAAUGGGAAAUAAUCCUUUAGAACUAGGAAUGUAGAACGAAUGGCAGGAAAUUAAAACCACAGAAGUCUCAAUCUUAAAAACAGACAAAGCCCCUAUCUAUAAAAUGGUAAAAAAUCAAGCAAUAAAACUAGUAUCAAUUAUAGACCUCCGAUUCGUUUAGAUAGUUAGGGUUCGAUGCAGACUUCUCCUUGA